CAAGUGUUAUCCCGUGUUCUCACUUUUCAUGGAAGUUAUUAGUGAAUGAGUUUUUCGGUGGAAAACUUCUAGAAUUUGUGAUCAAAAUUGUUGUGUUUUAUCUACCUCUCUAAUCGUCAUCAAUCCUUGCACUCCAAUUCCGAGAGAAUUAUGAUCAGAAUUGUUCUUGUUGAAAGUACAUAUGUAAUAAAUGAGUGGUUGAGCCUAUAUUUUAUUGGUAUUUUUGAUUUACUAAACCCCAACUCCAAAACCAACCCUGUGAUUCUCUCUCUGGAUUAACCAUUGUCUUUUUCCGGAAAUUAAUUAAUCACUCCUGUGUCCUUAUGCAUGUUGUCAAUUAAGAUAUCCUUUAACAUUAAACAAAGGUGGUUGGGAAGAUUUUGUACGCAAGUUAGAUUCGUUCAUGCAAGGUGUAUGUAUGUGUGAAUGCGUGUGUAUGUGUGUGCUUACAAUCUCUUUUUCAGAAAUCAAAUGGUGGCCCCCCCACAUUUGAGGUUCUGGACACAUCACAAAGAUAGAAAUUUUUUAUUGAUUACAAUUAAAAUAAACAAAAGAAAAUCAAUAAUUUAACAAUAAUUUUGGCAUGGUAUGUAAGCUCACAAUGUUGACUAGACUAUUCUGGGAUUAAGAUAUUUGAACCAUUAAUAAAGUUGUAAACCAAACCAUUGAAUACGGUGAUCAAUGUUUGUGACAGUGAUGACCUUUGGAAGAGAGAAGAGGGGAUAGAUGUUAGAAAGAUGAUGGAGCAUAAAAGGAGUCCCUGCUCUGUUGACCAAAGCAGUUAUACUUCUAUUGCAUCUAAAAGGCAAAAGGCUGAUUUAUCUAUCAGCACUAAGGAGAGGAAGGAGAAGAUUGGGGAACGAAUUGUUGCUCUUCAGCAGCUUGUUUCACCAUAUGGAAAGACAGAUACAUCUUCUGUUCUAAAGGAGGCAAUGGAAUACAUAGGAUUCCUUCAUAAACAAGUUAAGCUGCUCAGUGCUCCAUAUCUUGAAACUUCAGCAGCAGCCAAGAUGCAGGGUAUGGAAGCAUGCAGCCUGAGGAGUAGAGGGUUAUGCCUUGUUCCUGUGUCAUUUACAAUUGGAGUUGCUGAGAGCAAUGGUGCAGAUAUCUGGGCUCCCAUUAAAACUACAACUUCACCUAAAUUGGAGAAUGAUGUGUCUCAAUUUCAUUGACAAAGUUUCUCACUUUUAUUGUAGCCUAAAGGUUGCUAUGCUAAGUUGCUAAAGCAGUGUAGUGGCAUGAAAAUUUGUCAUCAUACAUCUAGAUGGAAUCCUAAUAGCUAAAAUAGUUAAAGCAUUAAAAGAACUUUCUAGUCAUGAAGCUGUUCCACACCUUUAAGAUUUUAAAUGGGUGAUGGGGCUAAGCUUCCUUAAUUUCUUGUGCUGAUUAUUAAGUGUAUAUUUCAAAAUUUCUAGUUGUAUAAUGAUUCCAUGUACUGAUUAGCUUAAUGAAAGUCGUUUCUUGAUUUGAUGAAAGAAACA